AAUAGUUUCUUCCACUGAAACAUCCAUACCUGCUGCCCUGGAGGCUUGGCUAGCAGUUUCGUUGGAAGCUUUUAGAGGAGCAUGUACGGAACCUUCCAUCGUGGAAUACGGGCUUUAGAUAGGAUUAAGCAAAUCUUCAAAUAUUUCCCACGAUUGCGCAACGAUGACAUGGUGACCAAUUAUAAUCAAUCGAUUGUGGUUCAAAAUAGUUUGAUUUAGUACCAAAAAAAAACUGUUUUUUUUAAAAAUUAAAUCUGUACUUCUUUUAAGUUAAUUUUUGGUAUAGUUUUCAGAAGAAAACUUUAGAGAUUAGGAAGGAAGGGCUAAACAUACAUAUUUUACUCUUAAUUUUAUUUUAGGGCACGUUGUUGAUAUUAUUUUUAUAUUCAGCAAUAUUAAAAAAUUAUAUAUAGUUCUUUUAUAUAUAAAGAGUUUUACCAAAUAUUGUUUUACCUUGUUUUACAUACCUUAUUACAUAAAUCUUAGGACUUUGUGGUUUUGAUGUUUUGAUUUUUAGUUUUGAAAUGGGUUGUAGAAACAUUAUCGGGAUAAAAAUGGGAAUAUAGUUAUUUAAUUUAAGUAUUACUGUAUAUUUUUUAGAUGUUUGAUUAUUUGUCUUAUAAUUGUUGUUUUUUCUAGCAUAAGUGUUUUUCAUUCAGCUUCCUAGCAUUUAAUUUAGUACAAUUUAAAUUUUGGUGUGUAGCAAGUUGAAUACAAAUAUAUAGUUUUUGUUUUCAGUGUUGCUGUUAGUGUUUAGGUAAUUUUAUUAUAAUGUUAGUUGCAUUUAACUUUCAAAAUGAGCGGUGAUACCACCACGUUAAGAUACCAAUCAACAGGUUCAAGAGACCCAAUCUGGACCAGAGUGUCUGGAGAUCCUCACCAGUCAAACGUUACGAACCAACGCCAUGGACUCAAGGAACCUGUUCGACUUGAUAGCAGUGGUGUCCCGUUAACAGCAGCAGAAACUAAAUCUAAAGGGCUGAAUGUCAUUUCUACUGCGAUAUUCAUUGCUGGAGAAAUGGCAGGGAGUGGAAUUCUCGCUCUGCCAAGAGCGGUUGUUGAUUCAGGCUGGAUCGGGCUGGUGCUCUGCGUGGUGUUCUGUGUGAACGCCGGCUAUGGGGGCACCCGGCUGGGCGCCUGCUGGGCCAUCCUGGAGGAGCGCUACCCGGAGCACAGGGCUCCUGUACGCAACCCGUACACCAUGAUCGCGUACAGGGCGUAUGGCACAUGGAUCAGCAAGUCGGUGUCCUGCUGCAUCCAGCUAACACUGUUUGGGGCAGGGACCGUGUACCUGCUGAUUGCAUCGCAGAUUGCUAAGGAGCUGGCACAGGGCAUGGCACCAUCCAUCGGCUACUGUCUGUGGUUCCUCAUCAUCUGCCUGCUGCUCUGCCCGCCCAUGUGGCUGGGGUCGCCCAAGGACUUCAUGGUGGUUGCCAUCGGGGCACUCCUGGCGACUGCUGUGGCCUGCGUACUCAUCUUUUCCCAGAUAGUCAUGGAUGGAAUGAACUCAACAGAUCCUGUGCUGCAUAAAGCUCAUGGUUUCGAUAGUUUCUUCUUGUCUUUCGGCACCAUAUUGUUUGCCUUUGGAGGGGCAUCCACGUUCCCCACCAUUCAGAAUGAUAUGGUAGAGAAGCACAAGUUUUCACAAAGUGUCAUCAUUGGAUUCUCAGUGAUCUUGAUGCUAUACCUGCCAGUCACCAUCGGGGGCUACUUUGUGUUUGGUGAUGGCGUGGACGUGAACAUCAUCCUCAGCCUGAACAGGACCAGCCUGGUCGUGGCAGCCAACAUUCUGAUGGCGGUGCACUUGGUGCUGGCGUUCCUGAUUGUCAUCAACCCCGUGUGCCAGGAGCUGGAAGAAGUGUUCAAGAUCCCCCACAAGUUCCACUGGAAACGGUGCGCUGUGAGGUCGUCGAUGAUGCUGGUGAUGCUGUUCAUUGGCGAGUCGGUGCCACAGUUCGGGAAGCUCCUGUCGCUGGUCGGAGGGUCGACCGUCACUCUGCUGACGUUUGUGUUUCCCUCGCUGUUCUACAUGCGGCUGUGCGACCAGAAGCACGUCGACUGGCCGCAGAGGAGCAUCCCGGUGCAUGUACGUGUGUACCUGUGGGAGCUGAUCCUGAUUGGCCUCGCGGGUGGGGCAGCAUCCACCUACAGCGCCAUCGUAGCCAUAUUUGGUUCUGUGAGCGUCACGACCCCCUGUUACUGGAGUUGACCAGCUUUGGUCUGCGUUACGAAUUGUGUUAAUGGUUGUGAGGCAAGAGUGAGAAUGUCAAUACUCUCAGUUGUGUUAAUAUUUAGCAAAUGAAAUAGCUUUUUGAUAAAAUCACUAUAUUCCUCAUUGAUUGCUUUGUGUAAAUUGUAUAUACAUGUAUGUUGUAUUUUGAAAGCCCUCUACUUAAAACAUACCCUUUCUUUAUGAGGGUUCCAUAAAUGAGUGCAAUUUGAUUGGUAUCAUGUUUGUUGUGUAUGUUAUGUAUGUGUGUGUGCUGUGAAUUUUUGUCUUUUGAAUGUUUAAAUAUGUAGCAGACACAACUGUGAUUAUGAAAAAUAUGUUGUCAUAGUCUCACUACAUAAUGUACUCAUUUAUUUUGUUAUUAUUUUUUCAUUAACGUGAACACUACAGUAAAAUCAUAUCAUUUUUCAAGGGGCCAGAGAAAUUUUAUUAUAACUGAGGAAAUCAUUUAGGAAAAAUUAUAAAGUUUUGAUGGUUUGAUAAAAUUUGUAUGAAGUGAUGAUAUUCAGAUAGGUAUAUCAAACAAUUUUUUUUUAAAUUUGGAUGCAUAAUUAAACGUUUAUUUAAUUUUAUUCAUAUGUAUUUUUAUGGAUUGUCUUUACACAAAGUUAAAUUCUUAUAAUCAGAAUUUUUUUGUACUUAUUUUCUAUUAUAUUUAAAGUAAACUGAAUUUUUCUUAUUGGACAUUGUUUACUGAAUUUGUUACUUUACAUACUGAAUUGAUAGUAAAGCAAACUUUUCUUUUUCCAAAUGGUGUAGUAGUCCCAAUUGAUAUUCUGGCUAGUGUUUUCAAAAUAGCAGUAUGUUGAACGCUUUAGGAAUCAUUUGUAACACAAACAUUUUAAAAUCAAAAAUGUCAAGAAAGGAUAGAUUUGAUUGAUGUGAUUUUAAAUAACAUAAAAUAAAGAUUGAUUCAGGAAAUGAUUUUUCAAACCAUACGUUGUAAAUAGAGGUAAAUUACACUAUUAAGCCAAGUUUUAACCUUCAUUGAUAAUAAUGACUUUUCAUUGACUACAAUUUUUUUUCUAACACUUAAUGAGUUAUACACCAUUUCAAACAUUCUUUUGGUUGUUACAUAACUUAUAAUUAAGGAUAAAUUUUUAUGGUGUUUGUUAUGUUUUAUUGUACAUUCUGUAGCACACGUUUUCACACUAUAUGGAAGACAUCAUGGCCGUGCUCAUUGUGUUCCUAUAUCCGCUUGGCUAGCCAUGCAGGCAACCUGAACUAGCCAAAUAUACCACACUCCUACCACCAUAUGGGAAAUUGAGUUUGCCACAUGACUCUUAAGUUUACACAAAACAUAAAUCUACAAUUAGGGAGUACACAAUUCAAUAUAACAUAAUUUAAUUUCUAGGGAUGUGCGAAUCCUUGAUUUUCAGUUCGGUUCGAAUCCGAUUUGAAUCCCUGGCAAUAUUUGAGAUAUGAAUCCGAUUCCGAAUAUUAAGCACAGAAUAAUUAUAAAUAACUGAUUAAUUUAAAAAUAAUGUGUGUUCUCUUUUUUCUAACUGUAACUAAUGGCAAUUAUUUAUUACACUGAGAUUGAAAUGUUUAUAAUUAUGUAAACUUAAUUAAUAAUAAACACUUUAAAAUAUGAAAACCAAAACAUAUUAGAUUCUCCAACUCAAUCAUAAUAAACUGCACACCAUAGGGAAAUCUCAGUUUUAUAAACGUUUCAGCAAAUGAAACCAUUUUUUCUCCAAUAAAUAGCCAAGAUGUUUUUUUCUUGUAGGUAUGUAAUUGAUUUUAGUUUAUAGUUUUCUAUACGACUAAAUUCGUAAUUAUAGUUUAAGCUCUCGAAAUCUCGAAAUUCUUUUAAUGUCACUGUGUUAAUUAUUUAAUUUACAUAUCUUUCUUUGAUACAUUAUAUUAUAAAUACUUACUUACCGUAUUUACUCAUGUAUAGUGCGCCCUCGUGUAUAGUGCGCACCACGAUUUUUUCAACAAAUUCCAAAGAAAAAAAAUUUAUAAUUUUUUUUCCCAUAAAUAAAUUUUACUAAAAUUUUGUGGUACCUGUUAAGUAAUUACUUAUGAAACAAAUGAUUAUUUACAUUGAUGUGUGGUGAUGUGUCAGGAAAAUACUUAAAUUAAAUACUCUUCCACCUGAAAGUGAAAUUUUUGUGGCAUACUGAACCAUCUGAAACUACACGAACGAGCAAGCUAAACUCUGCUGUGUAGACUGAAGAUAAAGAAACGCUGUAUCGUCACAACUGGUACGAGGGCGGGGGGGAGGGAGGCAGGCAGGAACGGGACUAUGACCAUGAAGUAACCUUGACAUUUGACAGGACUCAAAACCACCACUCCCGUCAUGUAGCUUCUAUACAUAGAUAUUUCAACUGAUAGUUAACAUUUUUAGGGACACGCAAAAUGAAACGUGCCACGCUAAGUUGCUAAGCUGGUGCGGAGGACUAGAUGACUUACAGGUAGCUGCGGGGGACUGGUAACGACAACAUGCUCUCUCUCUCUCUCUCUCUCUCUCUCUCGCUGGAAGCGACAAGUGGCAAAGUGGCAUUUCUCCACCCGGCACUGUUACUAGCUGCGCUGGCUUUCUGUAGAGGGGGAGGUCUAAAAAUAAACAAGAGAGACCAUGAUGUGCGAGCUUGCACGCGCAUGUGUGUGUGUGUGUGUGUGUGUGUGAAAGAGGGGCCUCGUUGCUUGUGUCUAUGUGUGGGGCUAGCCAGAAAAAAAAAAAACACACCCUGCAGUUAACGACUACCACUCCUCCCUGCCACACCUUUUUUCCCCCAUAUAUAGCGCGCAUCCUUGAUUUUUUUUCCCUUUACUUGAGGGGAAAAAGGGUGCGCUAUACACGAGUAUAUACAGUAAUAGUAGCCUAAUUUUAUUUUUCACUGCUAGUAUUUUUGAGCCUUAUUAAAUUAAUUUAUAACUUUUGUGAAUAUUCGUAAUACUGGUUGAAUCCAUGUACGUACAACGAUUCUGGGUUCGGGCAAUUGUGGAUUCGAACCGUACCCGAAAAUAUCGGGUACUCGCACUUCCCUAAUAAUUUCAAUAGUUCGCACAACAUAUGCUUGCUCUCAAGUCCAAAAAUCCAAGAAGGAACCUAAACUCUAAUGGCAAAUACAUUACAAAUCAACCUUUCUUUUCUGAACUCUGUUCCUCAUAGGGUAUCGUCGUUCUUUCCUCCCACUGCUUGACGUGUUAUUACACACUGGAAACCCUUUAAAAUCACUGUCAGUACCACCGUCCACUUCUGGUUGAACACGUUCUUCAAUGUUGACAGCACAAUCAUCAUCUGCGUUGUCAGCACUGGCCACACUAUGAUCUUCACUGCUUUCUUCCGUACAUCUACAUUGUACACUACGUCCUUCGCAACUUCCAUCUUCCCUUCCCCCCAGUCUGUCUCCUUGGCUUCCUUCCAGAAAUCCAUCCAUAGUCAUCGGACAUGGGGGAAAACUGCGCAAUUGAUUGAGAUGUCUAUGAAAAACAUUUCCACUUGCAUCUUGAACCUUGUAAGAGAGUGGGCCCAUUUUGUAAACAAUCACCCCUCUGGCCCAUUUCUUAUGCACAUCGGCAUAUGCACGGAAACCAACUGCACUCCCUAUAUCAAAAUUUGUGGUGCGGUGAGACUGAUGUGUUGAUGGCAUUUGACGUGCCACCACCUUCAAAGAAACUGAUGGCAACAAGCAGGACAGUCUAUUACGAAUCACUCAGCCAAACAGCAAAGAACUGGGGGACUUACCAGUUGCACAAUGUGGAGUGAUACGAUAUGUGAGAAUAAAUCGAGGUAAUGCUUCUGCUAAGGGCGCUUUGGAAUAUACAAGAGCUUUGACUUUAUUCUUGAAGGUCUUCACCAUAUUUUCGGCUAACCCAUUCGUUGCCGGGUGAUAUGGUGGGGAGAAGACUGACAAAAUUGGUCGAACUCUGCUGACGAAAACUGCGUUCCAUUGUCCGAAACAAGCUGCUCUGGAAUUCCAUAUGUAGCAAACCACCCACAAAGUUAUUUGAUGACUUCACUUGAGCUUAUGCCAGUCAAUUCGCAAAUGUCUUGCCAUUUAGAGUGACUGUCCACAAUCACCAAGAAACUUCUUCCCAUAAAAGGACCCGCUAUGUCCACAUGUACACGUUGCCAAGGCCUGUUAAGCCAACUCCAAGACAAGAGGAUUGAUUUUUCUGUCAUUGCUUUAUUUUGGAGACAUGCAUCACAGUGAGAAACUACCCUUUCCAAGUCUUGGUUCAUUUUUGGCCACCACACGUAGGAUCGUGCUAAUGCCUUCAUUUUACAAAUGCCGAAAUGGCUGUUAUGCAAUUCUUGUAGCACUCUGUUCCAUAGUGCUUGUGGUAUGAUAACCCUGGGGCCCCAAAGAAUACAGCCUUGCUCCAAUGCCAGCUCAUGUUUCCGUUUGUAGAAUGCCUCUAAGUGGUUUUCCACGUCGCUCGGCCAUCCAUCCCUGACGUACCUUAUUACUUUACUUAAAACAAUGUCUCGUUCUGAUGACAGCCUAAUAGCCCUUGCAGUCACUGGCAGAAAUUCCUUGACGCCCACAUGCAGAUACGAAAAUUGUUCAGACAUUUCCAGACUGCAAAGCGGCAGCCUGGAGAGCCCAUCUGCAUUCGAGUUAUGGUCUCCCUUGACAUAUUGAACUGUAUAAUCAAAACCUUGUAAUAACACAGCCCAAUUUUAUAAUCUAUUUGCAGCUAGUUGAGGAAUACCACUAUGAUCUCCAAGGAUGUGAAUCAAUGGUUGAUGGUCUGUUACCAAGAGAAACUCACGCCCAUAUAAGUAUUAGAAAAAUUUAUUAACAUCGAACACAAUUCGAAGAGCUUCUCUAUCCAGCUGUGAAUAAUUUUUCUCUGUGGUCGACAAUGUAUGAGAGCCAAAUGCAAUGGGUUUCUCUGAUACAUCAUUGAAUACAUGACUAAUGACAGCGCCAACCCCGUAUGGUGAUGCAUCACACGCUAACUUUAUAGGCAAGCUUGGGUCAUAAUGUGUCAUCACUCGUGAGGACACCAUCAACUUCUUCAAAUCUACAAAGGCAUCUUGGCAAGUUUGGGACCAAUACCAUUUACACCCUUUCUGUAGCAACAUGUGUAAAGGGCCCAAUACAGUGGACAAAUUUGGUAGAAAUCUGGCAUAAUAAUUUACUAACCCUAACCAGGCCCUCAGCUGUCGAACAUUCACGGGCACUGGUGCUUCCACAACAGCCUCAACCUUGUCUGUGCACAUGUGCAACCCAUCCUGAUCAACUUUAUGACCCAGGAAUUUAACAGAUGAGCAAAAUAACUUACAUUUCCUUUCAUUUACCCUGAAUCCAUGCUCUUGUAGUCGCUGCAGCACCCCAUGCAAAUGAUCCCAAUGCUGAUCCUUGGAAGUCCCAGUGACCAAGAUGUUAUCCUGGAAGAAGACGACGCCAUCUAAUCCUUGCAGAACUUGUUCCAUGGUUCUUUGAAAUAUUGCUGGACACGAGGUUAUGCCAAAUGGUAGUCUGGCGUACUGGAAGAGCCCUCUAUGGGUAUUUAUAGUACACAAUUCUUGUGACGGCUUGUCAAGCUGUAACUGUUGGAAGGCUUGAGAAAGAUCAAUGAUUGAGAAUUCUUGACCCCCUCGUAACUUAUAAAACAAUUUCUCUACCCGUGGCAAUGGGUAGUGUUCUGCUAGUAGGUGCCGGUUUACAGUUAUUUUUAAAUCUGCACAAAUUCUGACACUUCCAUCGUUCUUCACAACAGGGACAAUUGGGGUUGCCCAUGAGCUUAACAUAACUGGGCGAAGAAUGCCAAGCUGCAGGAGCCUGUCCAACUCUGUAUCGACUUUAGCUUUAAGAGCAAACGCAAGAGUCCUUGGGGAGUAAAAUCCUGGCACAGUAUUUGCCUUCAUGCACAAGGACACAUGUUUCCCCUUAAAUGUUCCUAAUCCAUUAUCAAACAGACAAGGGUACUUCUUCUUCAACGUAUGCAACACUUCCACAUCGUCUGUAUCUCUAGGGGAAACACUUACAUGAUUAACUCCCGGCCGUGGAAGUUGCAACGGCUCGUACCAAUCUCGGCCUAACAAGGGGGGACCGCCAUUUGGUAUCACAAAGAGAUCCAGCACCCGGGACUUCUUCUGCCCUUGUACAUUAACGAGGGCCUUGAUGGUGCCGCAUGGACUAAUAACAUCCCCAGUGUACAACUUGAGGCUAACGCUAGUAGCUUGCAAGGGGUAGGUUGAAAACAGGUGCCUGUAUGUUCGUUCCGAGAUUGCUGAUAUUGCGGCACCACUAUCGAUCUCCAUAUCUAACUGGACGUCUCCCACAUUCACAGACACUACCCACGGCUUUGGCAUAGCGUAUUGUGUACGUAACACUUGAAACAAGGCAGAGAGAUUUCUGUUUCAUCUGGAACACUAUUAGCACCGCCUGAAGUGUCCUGCAAAACAUAAUUUUGAAAUGCAAAUUCACCCUUUUCUUUUCCACUCAAGUUAGGACAAACACUCUUUAAAUGAGCAAUUUGUUUACAGUUGUUACAUCUGUAACCUUUGAACCUACACUGCACUGUUGCAUGAUUAGUGUUGCCACAACCUUGACACUGGGACUGACCAGAGCCCUGAUUUUGGGACUGGCUGUGCCCCCUUUUCAAUCGACCCCUUUGGGUGCGUACUUUCACAACGUGAACAGAAUCAUGCUCAUUACGAACGACACACGAUUGUGAGAGACCAAGCUUGUCUUGCUCCGAUCCCCCAAGAGAAGCAUUACCUACCGUGGCUUCGUAGGAAACUGCCAGCGCAACUGCCUUCUCGAAAGUAAGGUCAUCUGAUUCGAGGUACAAUCUGUGCGUAAUGUUUUUGUCUUUCAGCCCAACAACAAAUUGGUCACGCAGGGCAGCAUCCAGGAAUGUCCCGAAAUUACAAAAUCUAGUUAACUUCCGCAACUCCACUACAAACUCAGACACCAUCUCUUGUUCCUGUUGGACCCGUCUAUGGAAGUUAUGCCACUCUGCAAUCACUGAAGGCCUCGGGAAAAAUGUCUCGUUAACAACAUCACUAACUCACUGUAGCUGCGUUCGUGUGGCCUUUUUGGUUCCGACAAAUUUCGCAGAACCUCGUAAGUCUCUUUGCCGACUGACGAAAUAAGAACUGCCUGUCGUUUUACCUUAUCUUCGUCUUUGUUCCCAAGGCCAUUGGCAAUGAAGAGUUGUUCUAACCUCUCAACAUACGAGUCCCAUGAAUCGUCCUCGGGGACGAAUUUCUCCAACUUGAAACCGGACAUUUUAAACGGUUUAUUGUUUUUUUUUUAAUUUUAUUUUUUUCAAAAAACAAAAACACCGGUGAAGUAUCCCAUCCUCGUCGCCAAUGUUAUGUUUUAUUGUACAUUCUUUAGCACACGUUUUCACACUAUAUGUAAGACAUCAUGGCCGUGCUCAUUGUGUUCCUAUAUCCGCUUGGCUAGCCAUGCAGGCAACCUGAACUAGCCAAAUAUACCACAGUGUUAUUUUUAGGUCAAUUUUGUUUUUAAAACAGGAGAUUUCUGUGUUAUUGUUUUUAUUUUUAUAGAUUGUGCAUUAUCUUUAUUCAUAAAAACAGAAUGUUAUUCAACUAACAUGAAACUAAAAUAUUUCUAAAGAAUUAUUUCACCAAAAUAGUCUCAUUUUGAUAGACACAUAAUUCAGUAAUAAGCAUGUUUAGAACAGAAUUACUCAUAAAGUUUAGUUGGUAAAUAUUUGUGUGUUUGACAAAUGUGCUAACAAAACUAAUGUAAAAAUAUGUUACACAUUUUGGUACAAAGUUCAUACUAAAUGAAUUACAUUCAAAGAAUUACUGUGAUAAAAGAUUAAAUUUUUGUAAUUUGGUAAAAAAAAAUUAAAAUCGCUGAUUGAAUUUGUAUUUUAGGUACAUUUUGGGGCUAAAUGGUGCUGUAUUAACUUGCAUUUUGGUGUUACGUGUUGUAUUGACAUGCUUUGCGGUGUUAUUUCGGUUUUAUUGCAAUUCACCAUAUAAACUAAUAUAAUCUUGCCCCAACUCAUAAGAGGUCUUCGCUUUCGUGUCUCUCAGCGGAGAUUGAGAAUGACGGUGGGUGGUUGGUUUGGUGAGUCAGGUCACUCGCCAAACACAAAGGUGAUUUGAUUUUGAUUACCGGCGGGCUCUAAUCCGAAUGUUUUGCAAGUGCGAAACGUGGUGGGCUUUGUCUUCUCUGGCUGCUCCUUAUUUCACCACACAUUUGUUGUAGUGUCACAAUUUGCUCACUAGAUAUAUACUAAACGUUAAUUUUUAGAUGUAAAAGGAGACACAAGUGAUAUUUACAAACAGUUGUUUGAAUUUUUACCGCUAUAGGUAAGUUAAAAUUUAGUAAAUAGCUAUUCAGAAUAUUUGAGACAAAACAGAAAAUGCAAAACUGUCAUGAUAAAUUGACAAGAAUAACCCUUGAAUAAAAGUAUUUACAUGAAAAUUAAAUAACUGACACUGCAUGUUAGAUGAAGCCUUAAACAGGGACAUGUUGUAUGAUGCCAAGUAUUAACUAUAUAAUAAAUUAAAUCUAAACAAAAAUAAAAACCAGUGUUCCAUUUCUUGUAAAAAAAAUAAUAUCAUUUGUCUUAUAAUAUUUGUGUCAGUGUAUUAAUUUUAUUUUCUUUUAGACUUUUAGUACAGCUGUGAUAGUCUAGUGCCAUGGAAAAUAGUGUUUGUGAUAUUUACUUAAUUAUAUUACAGCUGCUGUAUUUGUCUGUUCAUUUUUCUGUGUGGUAUUGUAUUGGGUGUUUAUGAAAUUAGGUAAUCUGGUAGAGCCUACUUAAAGGUUUACUCACCAAUCAUGGCUUACAUUAUGUAGUUAAAUUCAAGUACAUAUUACCAAUUCAUACUUGAUGCAGGGUGUCCACAUCUGGAAAAUCAGGGGUUAGUCAGAAAAGGUGUAAUUGAUUACGGAAUUUAUUUGAAAUCCUGGAAAGGUAUGGAAAUUUCCCAGCAAAAUUACUUUUGAGUGGAAAAUGUCGUGCUUUGGUCUGCCAUUACCCAGACUGUCAAAGCAUUUUUUUUAGAUGGUUUUUUAGUGCAUUAUUAAAUUGUGCAAGCAAGGUUCUGUUUUAACAAUUCCAGCUAUGGGGAUGGUGGAUGCUCAUUUUUUUCUUUAUUUCUUUUAAAAUAUUGAAAAAUAACUAAAUUAUUAAAAAGUAUGUAAUUAUUCAAGUAAAUUGGAAAUUCAGCUCAUGGAAAGUCUGGUAAAUUUUAUUAAAAUUUUGUGUGAGUACCUUGUAUGAAAGAUGGCAGCAUGUCAAACAUUUGUUUUUCUUAGUGUUUCAUUUUUUUUAUCAUUGAUUUUAUGUAAUUAUUUAUGUUUAUCAGAAUUGAGAGAUUAACAUUUUUAAUAUUUAUUUAAUGGCUGAUGAUAGUAAAUAAAGAUUGAUGAUAAAUUUGUUAUAUUAAUUUAUUACUAGCUGAUUAGAUUUCAGUCAGGUUCAUUGCAUAGUGUACUCAUUAACUCAGCGGCAUAUUCUAUUGUAUUUUAAAUAAAAAUGUUGUGUUAUUAGUUUAGUGUCCAGUUUAUUACCUUACCUUUGAUUAGCAUAAAAUAUAUGUUUUCUUAUUAUAAUAACCUACUUACUACUUCAAGACAUUGGUUGAAUUUGGAAAAAAUGGAAAAUAUACAUUAUGUCUUUGUGUAUGCUCAGUUUCUUACUAUUCCCUUAAGUAGAUUGGGUGGUGUAGUUCUUUCGUUAGACAUAAAACUAUAAACACCCCAUUUUCACAACCUUAGGGUGUAAUUUUGUAAAAUGGUGACAAGGAGUUGGUAUGUUUUAAAUAUAUUAUCCAUACUCAAUAGCUAUGAGUAUAUAAAUUUUUUCUUGAUUAGUUUGGGAAAGAUUUUUUUUUUCUUUCUAUAAAACCAAAUUUACUUUUGUAUGUUUAGUUUUUAUACCAGAUAUCUUACCUUCAGCUUGAUUAUCUUGGGAGGUAUUUUUUUCUUAUAAAAACUAAUCACCUCCUUGUUACCCUCGUAAAGUUCUAAUUUUGAAAAAUGGAAGACACAUAAUUUAUGUUAUUAGUGUUCUGUUUCUUACCACUCUUAUACUUUACUGAAUUUGUUAUUAAUUUUUUCUGGUCCCUUAAAAAGCACAGAAAAGGGGUUAAAAUUGUGUACUUUCAAAAGAUUUUUUUUUCUAAAUGAAAAUUAGUCUUUAUGGUGUUUAAGGAAUUCUCAUGUACAAAUUGUUUCUCUGUAUUUUCAAUGAUUAUCUUACAUAAAUUACAUUUGGGUCUGUGAAAGUUUCGUACUAAUACAUAAAAUUUGUGUUGGUUAUAGGUUGAGAAAAGCAGGCCAUUUAGUUGUAAAUGUGGAGUGUUCUACCUAAAUGGACAGUUUUUGACUCCUAAACAUGCCAUUAAAGUAUUUUACAGAGAUCAGCCAGUAUUAUUAUGGCUUGUUAUUUUGCAAUUCUACUGAUUAUUGUUUUUCUUCUGUAAAUACAAGUAAAAUGAUUUCCUCUUUGAAGAGCUGGAUUUCUUCGGUGGUUAAAUAUAGUAGUAUAUGCACAAUUUUAACAAUAUGUUUGUGAUAAACUUGCCCCAGGUCAUAAACAGGAUUGAAUGAUGGUUAAAUCACUAUUGAAAUGGUUUGGAAGUACGAUUGGUAACCGUACCAAUCAAAAAUGUUUGUACGUAGGGGAGGUAGGGGGAAUGGUGCCACCUUAAGGCAUUUUCUAAUUUUUUAACAUUGUACAUACUUGUAAUCAACAUUUAAUUAUUUCGUUAAACAGCAUCUUCAUUUGCCCAUCCAUUUCCAGUUCAAUUAUCAGUUUUAUUGGUAAAACAUUCGAUGUGUUAGCAUAUUUGUUUAAGAUAGUUUUAACAGAACACGUAAUGCAGUUGCAGUUUUUUUCAAUUAAAGUCAUUCAAUUUUAGGCUAAAGUUGCAUAUACAAUAAUGUAUUCUACUCAAAAUACUUGACAUUAGGCUACACAUAGAUUCUCAAUAAUAAUAAAAUCCCAGUAUUUAAACACAUAAUUACACUCUUUUCUUUAUAAAAACAAAUUCAAAAUUUUAGUUUUUGGUCUAAGUGUUAAAAGGAACUGAGUUAGGUUGUCAAAAAUCUGAUUACCUACAUUCAUCAUAUUUGCCCUUUAAACAUUUUAGGCCUAGUUUCAUCGUAACAAAGAGUAGUUAGGCCUACCUGACAUCACUUUGACAUAGCAAAAAUGUUUGUUUCAAAUAAUUAACUUACGAUUUCAUAGAAUGAUCACAUUUGUAACCAUCUGGGGAGUCCCAACCGCUGCAUUCAGAAUGCGACCAACCAGAACAUUUGACACAUAUAUACCAGAGUUCAUUGUUCAUAACAAACUCCCCGCACACAAGACAGUUGUUAUCAAAUGGGUCAAUAUCAUCUAGAGAAUUGUCAUCACACAAUUCAUCUUCAUUUAGUCCUUCACUUUCACUUUCAGAAUAUUCGAUGGAAAUGUUUCUUCUACGUCUAGGCCUACCCAUCUUCUUUGUAGGCGCAGACAUGCCCUACCGAAAUUUCCUUUUUCUUUCUUGAGAGGACAUUUACUUUCCUUUCCUGAAAGCCUGCAUUUUUUCUCAUUGUUUCGCAAUUUUUUAUAUCUUGCUUCUGUUAAGAUGGAUUUCAUUGGAGUAGAGGUUAGAAUUAUUGAGUGCUGUUUAUUUUUUUGUGAUUGAAUCGAACUACGCGACUUGGCAGAUUGGCAAGUUGGAAGGGGAGAAAUGUCUGCAAUAUGGACCACUGAACUGGAGGUUCCUGCAACUUGAAUUUCACAGUUUGAGUCUGUGGCAGAAUAAGUUUGAGGAACAUCAUUUUGAGAUUCUUGUAGGUGUUUUGACUGUUCCUCUGGUGCUUCGCCAACAUUGACAUCUUCAUCGUGAAUGAUACAGGUUGGUUGUUGGGACAAAAAGGCUGCAGGUGUGAAGUCUUCCUCGCUAAAUUUGUUUGAGUCAAGUGGAUAUAUUCCAGUGCUAGCGAAUCCAGAGACUGCCUUUUCAAUUGUGGUGACUCUCAUGUAUGCUUUGUUGAAGAUACUUGCUAGUUCAUAUGGUGUUAUUCUUUCGUAUGGGUGGUUUUUCAUAUAUAUAUCACAUUCGCUGCAAGCGGUGUGAUGAAUGUGGGGGUAUCGAAACAAUGACUAUACCGUUCAAUUUCCAAAAUUCAAAUACUUGGCUAUUGUGGUUGUCAAGUAUUAAUAAAACUGGAUUCUCUUUCGUUGGCUUGACGUUCUUUGCAAAAUGUUGGAGCCAAAUUAAAAAUAAUUCCUCGUUUAUCCAACCGUUCUUGGAACAAUGGUAUAUUGCUCCUUCGGGGCCACCUUUCUCAAGCAAGCAACUCAUCCUUUUCCUGGGAUAGAUGAACAUGGGCGGAACAUAGUGUCCUGAUGCACUCAUUGCACAACAAACUGUUACUGUUUUCCCCCUUUCCCAGCUUGUUACAGCUCCUACCUGUUUUUGUCCUUUGGGCCAAGAAUCUUAACUGGCUUUUGGACAGUCGAAAUUCCAGUUUCAUCCAUAUUAUAAAUAUGAGUUUGAACUAAAUUUGUGCUUGUCCAUAACAUUCUCUACAUUCGAAUAGAACAGUUCGACUUCUUCUCGAUUAAAUGCAGUAACCCUGUUUAAACUGGUUGCCUCGGGCUUCCGCAAGCUAAUUCCAUGAUUUCUUUUCAGGAACCCCUUUAACCAAUCUACACCAGCAAGUCUUUCUGUUUUGUUGAAGUUGUUGGGAAUAUUCUUUCUUUCAGCAAUUUCGAAAGCUAAUCGCUGUAGUUCUAUCCGUGUAAGGCCAAAGAACAUAUUGGCAAGAAGUAAAACAUGCUCAUUGAUUUCCUUCUCUUGGGCUUCUAUAAAAAGUGGUUUUCUACCCAGGCGAGCUUCAUUCAGAUUGCUUGAUGACAGUCGAUCUCUCAGAGUUGUACUCGGGAUACUGAAUUCUCUCGACACACUUUUAACACUGCGGCCAUCCCUGAUAGCACUUACUGCUGCCUCUAAUUGUUGCUUGGUCCACUUUGCUUUAUCACUUGUUCGUUUGCGAGACUGUGCCAUCUAAAAAAAAAUUAGGACUGAUCGCACUAUUAGGAAGCAUUUUUUGGUCAAGAAAGUCUUCUACCUAAGUAGGUCUAGGCCCACCUAGAAGCACAAAAAAAAAAUAAUAUAUCUUAUUCAAAAUUAUUAAUAAUAUUAGGGUUUAGAAAGCCAACUGUGGAUAAAUAUUAUCGAAAAACAAGGGGAUAAUGGAUAGAGGCAGGAUGCUGAAUGCCAACCAGAAACAAUAUACCCAAGUCUCGUAUGUUGUUCCAACAAUGGCAUAGGUAAAUACUUCGGCCCAAUGUCAAAAUUCGUCUUGGCCAGCAUUGACUAUACUUUUUGUUUUGAUUACAGUUUAUUUCCUACAAAAUGCAAAGAAACUUUUUGUUGUCAAUUAAACAUUGGCUAACUGUUGGCACUAUGACAGUUUUACAUACAUUUCGAAAAAGGAUCCAUAUAAAAUGUACAACAUUCACUGUAUUAUAGUAAAUUACCCUUUUAUAAUCAAUUUUAUUAAUGAAAAGUGCACACCCACAUGCAUAUAAAAUCUUACUUUAGAUAUUUGAACAAAAAUGCUGUAAUGAUAUUUUAUUGAACAAAUAUCUAUCAUUUAAUCAUUUAAAAAAUAAGUCCGCUUUUAUCAAACUAAAAAUAUUUAUGACUCGUUCUUAUAUUCAAUAAUUACCAUAUCCAUUAAAAAUUGUGUAAUCUUGUGAAUAUUAUAAAUACCUUCUUUUAAUGCAAAAUUAAAAUAUAUUUGCAAAUAAAAUUUGUUUAUUGAGGCAAUACCGCCACCCUGCUGUCACGGUAUUGCCCCUUGAACGGUUAGCACGCAGUUUUCCUCCUACUCACUAAACAAAACAUUUAACAUGGCAAACAGUAAAUUCAAAAAUUGGCUAAAGAAAUUGACUUUUUAAAUAUGUAUAGGAUGUCAAAAUUAAACAACACUGAAUAACACUUACCGCGUAAUUAUAUAGUGUCGAAUAUUAGAUGAAUUAUGCGCUAUAAUACAUUUGUCGCCCUCACAAACGAAGCGUUACGCGCAGAUCCACCUUGACAGUUCUCAAGUGUUUCACUUGGGUGUCCAGAGAUGGCACUGCAGUCGGGGAGCGGCCAACGCGUACAAUACGGAAUUUCAAUGGGGUGGCUUUAUUACCUCCUGUGGCGCCAUUCCCCUUACUUCCCCUACAUGUUAAUUUUCUGUGAUUUGUACAUAUAUAUAUAUAUGUUUUGAAAAGAAAGAAUAUAAAUUACAUAAUAAAAAUUUUACUAUAUUGAACAUUUAGACUUAUAAAAUAUUAAGAAAUUAAUUUUCUGUACAAAUGUUUUUAGUAACUUCAUUUUAUCCUACAGUAAAACCCAGUGUUUAUUACAACCACUUCUCUAUUAUAACCCUUUUUCGAGAAAUCUUGAGAAAUUUGUGUUAAAUGUUCUGAAAGUUCAACAGAAUCAGCCAAAAAUAUGUUUGGAAGCAUGUUGCGAUGUGUUUUUUUCUUGGCAAGCCGCCUCCUCCUGGUUGAUCCUCUUCAUCCUCCAACCAAGGAUAGUGGUUCCUGGCACCCAGCAGCUAACCAUUGUGAUACUGCUUCAUAACCUCUCUGUUUGCUUCUAUUGUUACGUGGAUUUUUUUUGUUUUGAUUAUUGUUUUUGAUGAAUUACUACACAUUUUUUUGCUCCAGUUUGGUAAUGUUUUUGGUUUUAUUUGGUAAAUGAUUGUGGGCGUCCCAUGCAUUUUUCGUUUGACUACAAUAGCGUUGCACUUCAGACUUGAUUUUGUUAACAAGUGUUGUCAACCCACACAUAUUUUAAAAAUAAUAAUUAUAAUAAUAGUAAUAAUAUACAAACUUACUAUUUUUGUAAAAUGGGUAUAAAUAGGGCUGUGCGUGAUCCCGAUAUUUGGGAAAAGUUUCAGAAACUUAUAUAUAUUGUUUCCAUCUGACGGACAAAUAAAUUCCCAGCAUUUUCAGGAUUUUUUUUUAGCAUUUUUCAUAUGGAUUUUUUUUAGGAUUUUUCAUGUGGUUGGCCUGGGGCAUUAAAAUUGCAUUAUCGGCUUAUUUAAUUUUACUGAGAAGAGAGUUAAAAAUAUAUUCGUACUGCCAGCAAACUGAUUAAGGCUUUAUUCAAGUCUGUAAAACAGCACACAACAUUGUGGCUGCACAGUGGUUAGUUUAAUUCAAAACGUGGCGAAGGAAACUUGUAUAGAUCAGGUAUGAAACAUUCUGCAAUAAACAUAAACCAUAAGAA